UCUAGUAAGAAUAUCCAAAUUCUUUAAUAAACUUUGAAACACGGCAAUAGCAAUGAUCAAAUUAAACAAACAAUAACAACUAAAGAGUGCUGCAAUGGAAACGACGGAAGACCAGCUAAUACUGGCCACUGGUGGAUAUGACCACACCAUCAAAGUGUGGCAGGCGCACACCGGCAACUGCAUCAAAACCAUGCGCUUUGUUGAGACAUCGCAAGUAAAUGCGUUGGACCGCACGCCGGACAAAACUCGCUUAGCCGCGUGCGGAUAUCAGUGCAUACGACUGUAUGAUUUGGAGUCCAAUUGCACGGCGCCGGUCAUUAACUUUGAUGGUGUACAAAAGAAUGUGACACGGCUGGGCUUUCAGGAGGAUGGCAAUUGGAUGUUCACUGCCGGCGAGGAUCACCGUGUGCGCAUCUGGGACAUGAUGUCAGCUCCGCCACACUGUUCACGUGUAUUCGAUUGCCAGGCGCCGGUGAAUGCUGCUUGCCUGCAUCCGAAUCAAGUGGAAAUUGCGAUGGGCUCGCAAAAUGGCGGCGUUUACCUCUGGGACGUUAAGUCGGAAGUGCACGAGCAGCUUGUGCCCGAGGUGGAUGCAUCCAUACAAGAUGUGGCCAUUUCUCCAGAUGGUCACUACAUGGCUGCGGCCAACAAUAAGGGCAACUGCUACAUUUGGCAACUGAGCAGCAGUCCUAGCCAGCAUCUGAGCACAAUGAGUCCCAAAAAGAAAAUCCAGGCCCAUAGUCGUUCCAUACUGCGUUGCAAGUUUAGUCCCGACUCGCGUCUACUGGUAACCACCUCGGGCGAUGGCACUGCCUGCAUUUGGAAAACGGAGGACUUUACCAAGUGGCGUGAGCUCUCUAUUAAAAAUUACUGGGUCUGGGAUGCUGCAUUCAGCGCCGAUUCCAAAUGGCUGUUCACAGCCUCGUCCGAUGGCAUUGCACGCCUUUGGAAGUUGCACACCAAAAACUGCGUGCGCGACUACACGGGCCAUACAAAGGCAAUUACGGCUCUGUCCUUCAAGGACGAGAUUGUAGCCGACUAACCCCGUGCGGAUUAUGAAAAUAUAACAGUUGGGAUACUGAAGCACACGCUUGGCAAUUUUUUGGAGGCAGUCGGGUCCCAGGCAACAUGGAUUUGGGAGAAAUACUGAACUGAGUUGAGUUCUACCUCUGAAAAUGCGCUUUUGCUUUUGUAGCGACAUUUUUCAUACAUUUUUUAUAAAAUAUACUGCUAAUAUAUAUA